AUGGGCGCCGAUUACUAUAAGAUUCUUCAAGUACCACGAAACGCCAGUCAAGUUGACUUGAAGGAAGCUGCCGAGGCCAAAUUCAACCAACUCUGCCAAGCCUACGACGUUUUGAGCGAUCCUCGAAAGCGAGCAGUGUACGAUCAGUACGGCGAGGAGGGUUUGAGUGGAGGAUCAAGGCCCGGCGGGUCUCGGAGCCCAGAAGAUAUAUUCGCGGAGUUUUUUGGUGGGAGAGGCGGCGGCAUGGGCCAGUCACGGGAUGACGGUUUUCGGGACUCGGACGAUGUGUUCUCGGAGUUUUUUGGACAGAGGGUUAACCUGGGCGAGUCACGGGCCGGUGGGUCUCGGUCUCGGAGCCCCGAAAUCAGGAGUAUGAACGGCGAAAAUAUAUUCGAGUCGCUUAUAGCCGCAGCGGAGGGCAAUGGUCGGCAGAGGAAAGCAGCGGCGAUAAGGAGGACAUUGCCUUGCAGCUUGGAGGAGUUGUACAUGGGCAACACCAGAAAGAUAAAGAUUUCUAAGGAUGUUGUUGGUGCUAGCGGAAGAAGAAGCACAGUGGAGGAAGUUCUAAACAUUGAGAUCAAGCCUGGUUGGAAAACGGGCACCAAAAUCACUUUCCCAGAGAAAGGGCAUGAUGUAGAGCGAGGUGUUUUACCAGCCGACAUCAUCUUUACCAUUGAUGAGAAGCCUCAUAGUUUUUUCAAGAGGGAUGGGGAUGAUCUCGUUGUCACUCAGAAUAUUUCUCUUGCGGACGCUCUGACAGGACACACAGCGCUGAUGACAACGCUUGACGGGAGAAAUCUGCGGGUCUCCAUUGAUUCGAUCAUCGGUCCCACCCACGAAGAAGUGGUUAAAGGGGAAGGAAUGCCUAUCCAGAAGGAACAAGGCAAAAAGGGUAACUUGAUUCUCAAGUUUAACAUCAGGAUCCCCAAGCUUACCUCAGAGCAGAAAACUAGCAUCAAACAUUUGUUAACAUCUUCGUAA